AUGCCGUCGAGCCAUAAAUUCUUCCACUAUGAUGACGGGUUAUCAAUUUUAUGCUUUGAAGAAGCCACAAAAGUUUCAGAUACAAUCUUCACAAUUGAAGAGGAACCCUCUGCUAAAGGCAUUAUUGACAUUGAGUCCCAAAGCCAGUUAUCCGGUAUAUGGAAAGAAUAUAAUGGGCCGCCUUCAGACAGGCCUCUUUCUGCAAUUUUCGUUGCCGAAAAUUGCCUGUUAAUAUAUCUCUGGUUAGGAGAGCGUGAGCAGGUUUCCCAUGCCAUUGCUCAAUUGAAAGAGUCGAUAUCUCAACUUGAACAGGAGGGCUUUAGUAUAGAAAACAGCGAAAAAUCUCAAAUCGAUUCCCUACAUACCUACAAUGAACUAAAAGAUGCCGGACAGAUGGCUUUGGGGAAAAUUGCCGAAUGCGAGGGCACGACUAUUCGAGAGCAAUAUGCCAAAUUCGGUCUUGAUUUAGACGAAUGA